AGAGAGAGAGAGAGAGAGAGAGAGAGAGAGAGAGAGAGAGAGAGAGACGAGUAUCCUCUGCUCCCGGACGUUGGUGGCUCAGACUCUCCAAGGAGGCUGCGAUGGAGACAGGAUGAAACUGACGGGGUGUUUUUCGGAGGAAAGUGCGACUGGGGGUGUCGGUACCUGGCGGCUUUCCGGUGUAUAUCAUCACCAGAACCGCAUACUAUUUGUGGAAACAGGGAGAGUGUAUUACCGUUCUGUCGAUGCCUGAGGAUUAUGGACCAUUACAGUAACGACCGACGGUGUAACGGUUUGGAUAACUGCCUGUGGACUCUUUCUUCCCUUUCUCCUCUCUAUUUGCCACAGACAACACAUUGUAACGCAUCUGUGUUGGACGUUUUAUGAUAAAAUGUUGAAUUUAGCGCUCUUUCGGCGUGAAGGAUAUUCAUGGCGCUUCAUUUUCUGUUGUUAUUGUUGGACAUAAAUGUGUGAGGUGCGCAAACCUGUGGACGCUUUCUUAGACAGAAUGAUACAAUAUUUUGAUAGAACCGUUAUUUUUUGUGUUACGCUCUAUCGCGCAUGUCUGGUGGUAGCUAUACAACGCUGCCCGACGCCACUUCGCUCCGUCCUGGCCGUGAUGUAGGAGCAAAAAGUAAAAAAAAAAAAAAAAAAAAAAAAAAAAAAGAAAGAAAGAAAGAAAAAAGGAGGGAGCUGUGGACUGAAUAAAAAUGCGCUGGCAAAGUGGCAGCGUGGCGACCAAAGGAUUUGACCCGAGAUCCUUCGCGAAAUAGACUGUGCAAUAAGAAUGUCAGGGACACCAAAUGCAGAGGCUGAAGGAGUAGUCUCCAAAGUACAAGUGAAAAGGGAGAUCAAGACAAUCGUGGAGAAUUUGGAAACCAUCCUGGGAGACCUCAAGGAUGUAGCCAAAGAGCUCAAAGAGGUUGUUCACGAGAUUGACACCCUGACUUGUGACCUGCAACUUGAGGAGGACGGGCUGACAGACAGCUCCAAGACAGACACGCUCAAUUCCAGCUCGAGUUCCACCACCACCACCACCGCUUCCAGCCUGGAGAAGAUGAAGCUCUUCCCUGAUGACUGCAUCUUCAAAGCACCUGCGCCCAUCAUCCCUGUCCCCGUCAACCCUCCUGCAGUGCUGACUGUGCUCAAGAAACCCCACCCACCCCUACCACCACCAAGACUUACCCCACUAAGAGCCGAGGAUCACAACGUUAAGAAUCUGCCUCAUCCGACAUUAGUUUUAUCAGGGAAUUUAUCCAAGGCUAAUGGGACUCUGUUGAGGAAUGGCGGGAUUUUCCCAUUGAAACCAAACAGGGAUUUAUUCUCCUCAACACCAUGUUUCAUUUCUAGUGACAGCGGGGUCCCUGAGUCGGGGCUUGUUCCCACAUUGCCCAGGCCCAUGCCCCUACUCCGUCAUGAAAAGAACAAAUGCCCCAAGGCGCCCGGCAGGGAGCCUCGUGAGAGGGAGCGUGUCCGUUUCAGUGAGAAGGUCCAGUACCAUGGCUACUGCCCGGACUGUGACCUCCAGUACGAUGUAGACGACACAGAACUACACUUACAGGCUGAGCUGAAUGACCUGAGGCUCAGCCCAGUGCACUGCUGCUCUUCUUCCUCCCCGCCCCCACCUCAUGCUCUUCCUCAUGAUCUAAUGUUGGAAAACGGCGGCCUGUCGGUCAGCCACAGUUUCCCGCCGACUGCAAACACACCUCCACCUUGUGUGCCUCCUCACCCACCUUCCCUCAAGCCCCAGAAAACAAUCCUACGCAAAUCAACCACCACCACAGUUUGACACCGAAUCCCUUGUUCUGUCUAACUUAAACAUUCUUGAAUCAUUCAUAGUGUUUUCUACUUUAUGAGCGCUUUCUUUCCAGUGCUUUGCACUCCAGUUUGAACUUUGGAUCUUUCCAAACAGAGAGAGGAGGAGGGGUUGGGGAAAAAGGAAACAAAAGGAUGGAUAAAGUUAGUGGAAUAGAAAGAAAGGCAUCGCCAUGGGCGCUGAGAUGUUCACAGAGAGAUCAGGAAGAAGCGGGCCCAAUGAGAUACUCAAGAUACAAGUGGAAGGGGUGCUCGUUUCGUGCACUGAUCAACCCUGGUUGAUCAGGGAGGGAGGAGCCAGAGGAGCUGAGGCUGCACACCAACCCUCCUUUACAUAACGGCUUUCAAUCAACAGGAGACAAUAUCUUCUAGACGAAUUCAUACUUUGACUUCUGAGCACUGAACAACCUCCAGGCACACAUUACUGUGAAACUGAAGAAACAACGAGAGCAGUUGCUGUAUGUCGGUGCAUACAGAUAGAUUCAUUUAUAGCUGUGGAGGUGAUAUUUUUGUUACUUAGAAAUUGUUGAAUUGAAGAUUAGAAUGCUGCUGAAACCCUAUCAUCAAAAGUAAAGAGGCAAGUUUAAAUGAAGAAGUACAAGAUGGGGUGAAAUGAUGUCAGCCAGUAUUUGAUUGAUGUCUACACAGACGUCUGCUCUGUGCAUACUCAGAUGGAAAUCAAUAGCUCCACUCAACCGAUGGAAUUUACCUUUUAAGAAUUGUAAUUGUUUGUGUCUGGAGAGCCCGAGAGGUCUGCCUGUGAGCAAAACACUGCUCUGCUGGACUGCAGAUAAGGAGAGAAUAAUAUUAUGUCAUUAUGUGCCAUAUGCACAAUCACAGUGUAUUUUGCAAAGACUUAAUGGUUUGAAAUGAAUGAUGACGUGGUCGCUGAUCUGUGUCCAGACAUUAUGUUCAUUUCAUCAGAAUCUAUGUGCUUAACUGGUGCCAUGCAAGCUAUGGAUUUUUUGUUUCCACAAUAACAUGCAGAAAUACAGUACAGUGUGGCAUAGUUACAGCUUUACAGGAUCCUUGAAGAAGUAAUAAUUUGCAUCAAAUUUUCUUUGUAUACAAAUAUACAUGUACAUGUUUGAUAUCUAUAUAUUUCAGGCAUUUUUCUACAGAGACUUUAACAUUUAAAGAGAUGAUAUUUUUGAUAUUGUGUCGGAUGACUGAGAGGUAUUUUGACGAAAGCUGACAUUCCCUCGAGGUACGUGUUUUUCAGCCGAGCAUAGCAGGAUGAGUUAUUUAUAUAUAGCAACGGGAUAGUGUUUGUAUGGAUGAAAAACAAGUGCUUCAGUAUCAUCACUUCAAGAAACCUAACCGAAUGGGCUGUACUAUGAGAAAGAAAAUGUAAGGUGGGGAGGAUAAAUGACAUAAACCAAAUACCUAGUUGUGCUUUAUCAGACAGGAGGCAUGGGACUGAAUGAAUGCAUGACUGACUCUUCACUUUGUCCUGCCAUCACUGUGUUUUUCUAUGCAUUUCUGUGGAGAGGCUGUCUGUUGGUGGGUCCAACAUGCAGGGUGCUCUGCUCUCCAUAAUACAGUUUAGAAGUAUUCAUUCCUCUCAUUCCCUCAUGUGAUGUCCAUCAGGUUAAUUCUGCAGUCAAAUCAUAAAUCUGAUAAAUGUCCUGGGUAUUACCAUGCUGCUUAGGCUAAUGAGGUAUUGGUAAUUAAAUAAUAAUUAAUUAAUUAAUUUAUAUAGCACUUAUCAAAACCAGAGAUUAGAUUACAGAGUGCUUUACAAGAACAAAAUGAAAAAAUAAAGAAGGUAAAACACAAAGGAAGAAUACUAAUGUAUACAGUAGAUACUGUAUGUAGGUUAACACAUUUUCAGAGGCCAUUUUGGAUUUAAAAAGAGGGUGAAAAGUGUUCACUGGAAAGCAAAAAUAAAACAUUUUUUGAUACACACAGCCUCUCGCGACAUUCAGACUUGAGGCACCACACUUGUAAACUCCACCUCUUUGUUCUCACUGGACACAGAGACUGAAUUCAUGACCGAACUCUGGAUCAAUUGAGAAGCAGUUUUAAAGAUGAUUGGAAUGUCUCAAAAAAGCUGUUGGUGAUAUUUUGUUGUGUGUCCACAAACUGUUGGGAAAAAAAAAACUUGUGAGAAGUAAACACUUUGCACUUAA